CAACUCAAAAGUCAAAAGACUCAAAACUUUGGUCUCUUUUGCUGGUAUGCAGCUCUAAUGGAAACUAACUGACUCUCUCUUUCUUUUUCUCUUUCUAGGCUGGUUGGAAUGGGGGAUGGCACUAAAUUUAGCAAGAAAGAAAACAGCCCAACUUUUUCCGAUUCUCAAAAAUCUAUUCCCUUUCUCUCACAGCUUUUCCCCAACGUUACCACCGAAACCCUAUUCACAGUCUUCCUAUUCCAGCACAUUUCUCUAUCCAUGGCUACACCCAAUCUCAAAAGCCCAUUAUCAGGCCAUCCCUGACCCUUUUGUCUAUGAAACCAGUGAUUUUGAAGAAGAUAGAGAUGCCCCAAUUGAGCUUUUGCAUGAUACAGUUGAGUGUGUAAUUGAGGAUUUUGGCCGAAGUUAAGAACUUCCCUUCUGAAGAUGCAGCCAUGUAUGCUCUUGAUGAAUCUGGGGUUACACCCAAUGAUAGUCUGGUUUAUAGUUUGCUUCUAGAGGUUAAGAAUGAAUGGAAAUUGGCGUUCUUGGUGUUUAGAUGGGUGGGUUUGAAACCAGAGUAUAGACAUAGUGGUGGAGUUUACAAUUUGAUGAUAUGGAUACUGGGUAAACAUAAGAGGUUUGAUAUAGCUUGGGCUCUGAUAAAAAACAUGCAUCAAUCCUCUGUGGUUAAGGCUGAGACCUUGCUCAUUAUGAUCAAGAGGUAUGCUGCUGCAAAUGAUGUCCAGAAGGCGAUAAAAACCUUCCAUGCAAUGGAGAACUUCAAAAUCAGCGCAGACUCAACCAUGUUUCAUACUCUCCUUAGUGCUCUUUGCAAGCAUAGGAAUGUGGAGGAAGCAGAAGAGUUAAUUCACCUCAACAAGUCAUUUUUCCCAUUGGAAACAGAGGGCUUCAAUAUAGUUUUAAAUGGGUGGUGCAAUAUCAUUGGAGAUCUAAUGGAAGCAAAGAGAGUGUGGAGAGAGAUGUCGAAAUCAUGCGUCACCCCUGAUGCUACUUCUUAUACCCACAUGAUCUCAUGCUUCUCAAAGGCUGGCAAUCUCUUUGAUUCUUUGAGACUUUAUGAUGAAAUGAAGAAGAGGGGUUGGGUUCCUGGCCUUGUUGUUUACAACUCUCUCAUAUAUGUCUUAGUGAGAGAAAAUUGUGUGAAAGAAGCUAUCAAUAUUUUCGAUAAAAUCAGAGAAGCAAAGUUGGAGCCAAGUGUGGCCUCUUACAACUCUCUUAUAUAUCCCUUGUGUGAAGCACACAGGCUUGAAGAGGCUUACCAUGCAUUAAACGGCAUGAGGGAGACGGGACUGAUUCCAACUAUUGGAACUUAUCAUGCAUUCAUGGAGGUCGAGAAUAUGGAUGGGAUCUUGAAAUUGAUUGGGAGCAUGAAAGAAGUGGAGUGUGGUCCAAAUCCGGACACUUUUCUUUUGAUUUUUAGGAAAUUGUUUGGAUUGGGUGAACCUGGAAUUGUUUUAAAAAUGUGGAAAGAGAUGGGAAAGUAUGGGGUGAUUCCUGAUGCUUCACAUUAUAAUGUUUUAAUUCAUGGGUUGUUAUCUCAUUCAUGGCAUAACAAUGCCAGGUUUUUUCUCAACGAAAUGAAAUCUAAGGGGUUGUUGGGUGAUCCCAAAAUUGUGAAGAUGUUGAAAGAAUCUACAGCGAAGAACCAGAGAGAUAGGAAAGGAGGUUAUAAAAAAACUCAUGGCCAUUUGUUAUGCAAAAAUUCUCAUGUAUCAGGUGAUAGAACCAAGAAAAAGAACGCAAAGGUAAACUCUGAUUUGUUUACCAGAAAAGAGAUAAAUCGAGCAGGCCAUAAAAAGAUUGGGAAUAGCAGGGAGCAGCAGAAAACAUCUAUUCAUGGCAACAGGGAGUGUGAUCUGUUAAAUUGAUUUUUAUUGCCUAUUUUUUUUAAUAUUUUUUAGUUGGGAAGAUAAAUAUAUGCAUUGCAAAUUCAUAUGAAAUGAUGUGAAAUGCUUCAAGUUUCCAAAGGCCAGAGCCCUCCUUUCCUCUUGAAUUUCUUCACAAUCUAGUAUUUCUUGA